UAUCUUUUGUAUUGCAUGUAUAGUUUUGGUGAUUAGCUGAACAUCAUUGUCUCAGCCUAAUCAUGAAAACUUUAUGUUUUCUAACCCUAACUGUGAUUGCCGUGGUACUCACGCGCACAAGCGGAACUAAACAGAGUUUCCCGAUAUUUAAUCAAUGCCUCUGGAAUCCUUGUAAGAACGGUGGCCAAUGUAUCAGGAAAGGAUUUUUCUUCGUAUGUAAAUGCCGACCAGGUUACACUGGGCGUAACUGUCAAAUUCGAGUUAAUCCAUGCCACAAAAGGCCGUGUAAGAACGGUGGUGUAUGUAUGAGGUUAGGAAAUGGCUUCCACUGUAAAUGCCGACCUGGUUAUACUGGACAAAACUGCCAAACAUACUGCAAAAGGGCCGUUGCUGAUAUUGUAUUCGUUUUGGAUGAAUCAGGAAGUAUCACACAUCGAAAUUUUGAAAUCAUAAAAAAAUUCGUAAAAAAUCUCAUUUCCAUUUUCCCAAUAUCUAGAACACAAGUUCGUGUUGGUGUCAUUACAUUUAGCACCUAUAUAAAAAAUGAGUUUAAUUUGAAUAGAUAUUUCACUCACAGACAAUUGUAUUAUGCUAUUAAUAGAAUUCGAUACAGUAACGGAGCAACGAAUACUCAUUUAGCAUUGAAUUAUCUUAAGAGACACGCAUUUCAAUCCAGAGCUGGAGGUCGAAAACUUAUCCCGCAAAUUGCUAUUGUCAUUACUGACGGAAGAUCAACACACCCGAAACUGACGCGAGACACUGCUCGAAUUCUAAAGCACUCAGGGAUUCAAGUUUAUGCCAUCGGUAUUGGAAAGCAAGUUCCUAGAUCUGAAUUGGUAACCAUUGCAAGUAAUCCAAGCAAGGAAUACAUCUAUGGUAUAAAUUCGUUUAGAGAUUUGACAAAAAUCAAAUCUAGUAUAGCGAGUAAAACUUGCCUAGGCGCUUUGUUUCAACAAGACAAUGCAAAGCCACACACCGCCAGAAAGACCAGCAACAACAUUGAAGAAUUGGAUGGUGUGAAAGUUCUGCUGCAGCCAGCCUAUAGCCCAGACGUUGCUCCAUCUGACUAUGGUCUCUUCCGAUCAAUGCAACACUUUAUGAAAGGUUACUGA